AUGAAAAAACAGAAGUACAAUACCAUCAUAUAUAGUUACGGAAAUCCAGUGCGUUUCAGCAGGCAAAACCCCCCGAAAAAACUCUGGUAUUACAGUUUAUUAAGAUCAAAUGGGUGCCUUGUCUGGCAUGAUCUGUGUAAGGAAUUCGAUACUCAAGCAUAUGAGGGUGCGGACCCCAUUGAUAGGAAGCUUUCAGCAUUGGAGUAACAACCGGCACAUGUCUGUGGAGGCCAAGGGCACAUAUUUGGACAAGUCCGAAGUCACAGACAGAGUUAUUUCUGUGUUCAAGCAAUCUCAAAAGGUUGAACCUUCUAAGGUUACUCCAACUGCUAACUUUCAAAAGGAUCUGGGAUUGGACAGUUUAGAUACUGUUGAACUUGUUAUGGCUCUUGAGGAAGAGUUUGGUUUUGAGAUCCCUGAUGCUGAAGCUGAUAAAAUUCAGUCUAUAGAACUUGCUAUUGAUUACAUUGCUUCACAUCCACAGGCUAAGUAGUUAUUAAUCAUGUUCUUUGGUAGAAACCUUACUUUUAGUUGUUUAUUGUAAUGUAUUAUUCAAAACAAAGGUUGUUGCCUACCGGUGUUUCUGAAAUGUAUUUUUGCAUAUACAUAUAAAAAAAUUUUGGCUUCCAAUUUA